GACGAAACGAUCCACUUGUUUGGGUAAACAAUAAAUGCUCCUUUUCAAAAUUUCCCAAAUCUUCACAUGAAAAUAGAUUAAAAGGGAAGAACUUUCUGGCUCCAGAUCAUUUUAAUCACGAAACCCAAAUAGUGAAGCAACAUAUAAUUACUUACCAACGACGCGAAUGGCGGGUGCGAGUUAUUAAAUUCUUCCCGCAUAGAAAGAGAGAGAGAGAGAGAGAGAGAGAGAGAGAGAGAGAGAGAGAAAGCUCGAAACUUUUUGACAAUUUCGACAUCUGAGGAUUGUAAUUGAGCGGGACCAGUAUCGAAAUCGAACCCAGAUAGAGAGAUUCCUCGGGUUCACGUUUUCUUCUGUCGUUGAUUCUCCUCCUCAUCUUUUGUUCUUGGACGAUUCCUCAGCUCUGUUCGAACCAUUAAUCGCAUCAAAGCAAGAAUCUUUUGAUGACGACCAAUUUCGCAUUUCCUGGUGAUGAUGAUGAUGGUUUCGUCUAUUCGAGACAAGUCGUCUUGCCUGCAUCUAUUUGUUCCGGUAUUCUCAUGUGCAAAAUCGUUUAUGACUUGACUGGUUUCAUAAGCCCUUUGCUCUUCAGUGCUUAUGGGAAACUCGAUAAGAAAGUUAGAAUGGAAUGGAACAACAGGGGAUUCUCAACUUUCCAUGCUGUCUUGGUGUCUGUGGCUUCAAUCUAUCUCCUGGUGAUAUCAGAUCAGUUUGAUGAGAAUGUUCAUGGAGAUUUAGUCAUCAAUAGUACAACGAGGCUAUCAGAAGCUGUAAUGGGGAUCUCCUUAGGCUACUUUCUAGCAGACUUAGCGAUGAUCUUUUGGCAUUUUCCUACUCUUGGUGGUAUUGAAUAUGUGUUUCAUCACUGCUUAUCGAUGUUCUCGAUUAUUCUCUCUGUCACAAGUGGACAAAGCCAGUUCUACAUAUUCCUAGUUCUCUUGUCAGAGGCCACAACCCCGUUUGUCAAUCUACGGUGGUACUUGGAUGCUAGUGGUCAAAAAGGUUCUAAGGCUUACACGCUCAAUGGAACUGCCCUGUUCUUGGGUUGGCUGGUUGCGAGGAUCCUUCUGUUUAUCUACUUCUUUGUUCACAUGUACUUCCAUUUCCAUCAGGUGAAGCAAGUGUUUCCACUUGGAUUUUACAGUCUGCUUACGAUAGCACCGGUCUUGUCUGUGAUGAAUCUUCUUUGGUUCUGGAAAAUCACCAAAGGAUUGAUCAAAACAAUCUCCAAGGCGAGACAACACCGGGAAUGAUGAAAACGGUUGAUGGUUAGAAAGAACUCUGCUUGACCUGAAAAAAAAGAUUUGGAUUGCAUUCACUUUGAUCUGUCUAUGAAAAAAAUGAAAAAUAGAUUGAUUUCAUGUUGUGAUUUGUCUUUGAAGCCUUUUGGGUUUAUAAACAAGAAUGUGCCAAGCUUUGGGUGUUUGUAUAUUCAAAAACCUUUAGCUGUUUCUUAGGUAUUCAACUUGUAAAGUUAGAACCAGAAUUAUUGUUUCAGGUCAUUCAGAUUUUAGUUAUGUUAGUGUUGUGUCAUUCUGCAGAAGACCGGUUUAGGCUCGGUUUGGUGUAAACCGACUAGCUUAAUAGUCAUC